GCAUAGCAGUCUCAGACCUUGUCACGUGACCCAUGUGAUUUUCUCUUCUUCCAGUGAUAUUGCAUAUCUAAUCACAUGGGAAGGGAAAUAUGGCCGCAUUGGAUAGGGAAGUGUUUGCCUCGCUUCAGUUCUUACUGAAAGCUCCUUCAAAGAAUGUUGUUCGGCAGUUAUGCCAAGAGUGCUUUUCUAGUUCAGGAAUUAUCUCUGAAAAACUCACUGAAAGUACCUGUUCCAAUCUCUCAGUAACUCCCAAUGAAGCAAAUCAGUUAAUCCAGUCUUUGCAUAACCUUACAAGGCACAUCGUUUACCAUGGCCUAACAUUGCAAGAAGAAAUUCUCUGUCUCUUUCCAGAAGGAUUUCACCAGAAUCUUAAACAUCUUGUAACCAAGAUAAUCCUGGAAAAUAUUUCUGCCUGGAGAAAUGAAGCACAAGCCAGUCAAAGCACCAAAACUACAAUUGUGUUCUUUCCAUUAAUUGGUUUUUGGAACCGUCUGGAUCUUUGGCUGCCAAUUUCCCUCCCAAGGCUAGUAGAUAUGGAUUGGAGAGUGGACAUCAAAACAUCUUCAGACAAUAUCAGCAAAAUGGCUAUUCCUACCUGCCUGCUUCAACUGAAGAUUCAAGAAGAUGCUGGCUUGUGUGGGAAUAACUUCGCAACCUCUGCAUUAACAGUAGAGCUGAACAAACAAACAUUAGACACUAUGCUGGAUGGUCUAGGGAGGAUUCGGGAUCAGCUUUCUACUAUUGCAAAUAAAUAAUACUCUUAGUAAAAAGAAAAAAACCCUGCAUCAGCCAUUUGUAUGCGUAAAAAUAUUUCUUUCUACCGGUAACCUGAGUAUGAUAUUUCAUAAGGAUUCGUUUAGCCAUUCUAUUUUCUUUCACCACCUCAAGGGCUAAACACAGUUUUAAUAAUCUAGAUAUUCUCAAAGAAGAUUGUAUUUUGGGUACACUGCCUAAAAUAAGCUUAUAAUGUCAGUCAGGGCCUCAGUUUGCAUCUAUUGUUAUAGAAGUUCAAAACUGUGGUUAAUAGGAAAGUUUUAACGAAAAAAAAGGAGCAGCCAGUGAAGCAGAUUAUUUCCCUGGACUAAAAUUGCACCACACAAAUGCAGCUAAUAGACUAGCUUCCAAUUCACACAUACUUUUGCUGAGGAGCAUGUCACCAGAGAUAUUUCCUUUUCACGGAUGCAUCAUUUUUGACAUAGGACAACUGUGGGACUGUGUGUUUUGUCAUUGCAGAAUGUCAUUUUUCAGUAAGCCAACUCCUGUUGUUUGCCAAAAAACUCCAAACCUUGUAGUAGCAAAAAAUAAAAAUGGAAAGUGUCACUUCAUACUGAUUUUAACAAGAAAUGAGAACCGUUGCAAUUUGGAUAUACAAAAUAAAAUUCGUAAUAGUAAUUCUAAGUUCCUGUAGCAGCAGUGCCAUUGCAGCACGUAUAAAAUAUUAAGAUUUCAUUAAAAUACAUACAUUCUAACAA